AUGGCGUCUCUGCGUCUCCGCGCGGUGCUGUCUGCUCUCUGCUGUCUCGCCCUCGUGGCCUCGGCUUCUGUGGAGGGAGCGAGGAUCCGGAUCGACCCCAUGACUCACGAUGUCGCCCUCGUCACGCAACAGAACUGGGACGGGAAAGUUCAGAAAUUCCGCUCUCACCAAGUCUUUGCGGUCUUGUUCUACAAGGACGACUGUGCAGAGUGCCAGAAUCUGCUCGACGGCGAGUUCAACACUCUCGCCAAGAAGAUGAAAGGCAUGGUUGGUGUCCUCGCAGUGGACUGCGGUGAGAGCCCGAAACUGUGCAAAGAUCAAAACGUCGCCUCGUACCCCACCAUCCUGAUCUUCCCGCCGCUCCCGUUGCCACCCUACAAAUUCGAGGGGACGCCUGACUACGCCUCGCUCUCGAAGGCAGUCGGCCCGCUCAUUCCCUCCAGCGUUAUUGUGCCGAAGGAGAUGAAGGAUUUCGAGAAGGCGAUGGCUACCCACAUUCAAGUCCCCAAGGUCCUCGUCUUCUCCGAUAAGCCGAAGGCGUCGAUUCUGCUCAAAGCCCUCAGCACUGCCUUCAAGGACAAGUUGCAUCUGCUGCUGAUCUCUGCCGAGAAACUCCCCGAAGUGGUGAAGAAGUACCGCGUCACGAAGUUUCCCCACAUUGUCGUGACGCGCAAGGACAAGAAGGACGAGGUCUACAAGGGCGAUUUCAACUUCCAGGUGCUCUUCGACUGGCUUAACGUCUUCUCGGAGACCUUCGUCCUCGGAGGCGGCUUCUCCGACCACACUCCCAAAGCCGAGCCAACCCCUGAAACGCAGCCGUGGAAGUUCCAAGUUAUUCCAGAGUUGACGAAGAGGUCCAACAUCGACUUGUGCUUCAAGAAGAGUUUGAAGGCGCUCUGCGUGAUCUACCUCAAGCAGGGGCGCGACUUGACACCGGAGGAAACCGACAUGCUCGAAUCGCUCAAGUACCAGUACGACAGCGGCAAAGGGCCCGACUUCCGAUUCAUGUACAUGGAUGUCGACACGGAAACAGGUUUCCGGGACUUGUUUGCGAUUGACGCCUACCCCUCUGUAGUCGUCUUCAACCCUCAUCUCAAAACGCGCUUCACCAAAAUCGACACAGACAAGCCUCUCUCCAAGGAGGACAUCGCGAACCUUCUGAACAAAAUCUCUUCCGGAAACGCCCGCUUCAGGGUCGUGCCCUCCAGCAAGAUGCCGUCGUUUGUGGACCGCAAGGAGGAAACCGAGGAAAAGAAAGAGAAAGCAGACAAAAAGGAUGAACUGUAA